UUUAUUUCAGAAGAAAAUGGCCGCAAAACUAAAGAAAAGAGCGAUGGCCGAAUACGGGAGUAAGGUUUUAACAGAAGAACCUCAGGAGAAUGUGAAGCGUUUAAAACUUUCCUUAAGACAAUCAACGUCAGUUGAACCUGAGGUGGAUCCAGUUUUAAAUAUAGACGUGAAUACUCCUGAGAAGAAGAUAAUACUAGAACUAAUGAAAUAUAGUUCAGAAUUAAACCUCUCCUCCUCGGAUAACCUCCAGACCUCGCUCCGGAGGCUGGAGGAGUCUCUCAAGAUCAUGAAGGAGAAUUGCAUCAAGUACAAACUAAUUAUUCUCUACGGGAACAUUCUAGCUUCAGGGAAGAUUGAUGAUGUAUCUGAGCGUAUUGAUGAUAUGGUGGAUUAUAUUUCAGAGCUGGGUUCAAACAAGAUAACCUCAGCCUGGCUUCAAGCUGCAACCUGUAUUGUACAGAAGGUAAGCCUGGAUGGUGGAUGUAGGCAGAAGGUUUUGAAGGCAGGACGGGAUAGUUUACUCAGCUCCGCUAAUCCAGUAGUUCAUAUCAACGCUUUAAACCUGCUCUCAGCUCUAGUUAAACCUGAAGCUGAAGAGAUCAAUACAGAGGUUUCAAACCUAGUUGGAAACUAUUCUAUGUCACAGGAUGCCAGAGUUCGAACUGCAGCGUUUCAUAGUUUGAUCACGAUACACGGACAGGGAGUUAAACUCAAUGUAUCCUUGUAUCCUGUACUUUGCUCCGCACUGCGAGAUGAUUAUGAAGGAGUUCGUUGUGAAGUUCUCCGGAUACUUGCUAUAUUGGCAGAGACAGAACCAGAACAUCAGAUCAAGAUUGACGAGGAGAGCGGUUUUAACCGUUUGGUGGAUGAUGUAUUCUCCCGGAUAUGCCAGGCUAUCAACGAUGUCCGCGAACCUGUUCGUUGUCUCGCAGCACAGAUCAUUGGAACCAUGAGCAGAGUAAGCCAAACCUUCCUGGAGCAAACCUUGGAUAAGAAGUUGAUGUCCAAUAUGAAGGUGAAAACGACCUCUCAUGAGCAGCAGGCGGGUUUAGUCUCCUCCGGAGAAUGGAGUUCUGGGAAGAAGUGGGCUGAUGAUGCUCCCAAGGAGGAGGUUUGCUCCGACUCUGUGAACCUUGUAAGCCUAGGGAGUUGUGGAGCGUUUGUCCAUGGUUUAGAGGACGAAUGCUUCUCCGUCCGAGUAGCUGCUGUUGACUCCCUUACCAAGCUCUCUAUGGAGAAUCAUAAUCUUGCCGUCCUCGCGCUGGAUUUUCUAGUCGAUAUGUUCAACGACGAAAUAGAACAGGUUCGCUUGAAGGCAAUUGAAAGCUUGACUGCAAUUUCCAAACACAUAAAGCUCCAGGUUCAUCAGCUGGAUAUUAUCCUGGGAGCCCUGGAUGAUUAUUCAACUUUACUCCGGGAGAAGCUUCAUGGAAUGCUUCAGGCUUGUACUCUAGCUACUAAGGACGGAUUGAAGAGUGUGAUAAAUAAACUUAUGCUUAAUCUCAAGAAAUAUCCACAGGAUCGUAGAUCUAUCCUGAUAACAUUUAAACAUCUGGGAGGAAACCAUCCAGACCUGACCCUGCCACUAGUAGUUUCUCUCCUUGAUAUUCAUCCUUUCUUUGAUACUCCAGAACCUGAUAUAGAGGAUCCAGGAUACCUGUGUACCCUGGUUCUUGUUCUUAAUGCUGCUCAACAUUGUCCAACCCUGCCCCCACUUCUAGAUGAUCAUACUAAACGUCAUCAUGCUUAUCUUAGGGACACAUUUCCCCACCUGAUUCCGUCUAAGGAUGGUAAUUCUAGUUCUCCUGGUUUACCCUCUUCAACCUCGGAGUUUAUGAACUCCGUCCUCCGUAGGGUUCAGAUGUCAAGUAAAAUGUCCUCGGGGAGUCAGAUCUCCGUCCUAACGGCCUCCUGCAGAGAGCUGGAACGAAUUGCAAGUAUCCAAGCUUCGAUUAGUGAUCCUGCUUCAUUUGCUAGUUUGUAUAUCGAGGCCCAGAUCCUAUAUGAGAAAGUAGUUCGGGGGCAUGCUUGGUCUCAUCACAACUCCCAACCUGGACCUGGAUUAAGGGACAAUAUUCAAAAGUUGAAAGUCAUCUCGCAGAAACUUAAUUCCAUGUUCUCCAACCUAAACCGAGAAAACCAACUAUUAAUCCGUAUUCUCAAACUUAAAAUACUUGGAGUAAACCUCGUUUCUGUGGUCACCAACUCCAACAAGAGUGCGCUGGGAGAGACGGACGAAUACCUCCGAGAGUUUGACUCUGUCCUCGCCGAACUCUCAACUUCAGAGCUGGCAACCCAUGGUUUUAUCGGAGAUUUCGACAAGUUGAACCUGAGUGAAUCCAAACCUGGACUUAUUGUGAGUAAAAUGAAACCUCUCCUCCUAAAACAUCCUCCAUCUUGUCUAUCCUCAGUAUCUCUGGACACUAAGCAGGCUAAAGCUGUGAUAUUUGAACCUACCGGAGGGUCGGAAACCUCUCUCAAAUGCUUGGCAGGACUGGUUCUAGGGAUACCUAUGGAUUGUGAGAUCACACACGUCCCUGAUAUCUCCGCUCUACGUAUCUGCAUUCUUACAGCGGAUCAAGUAACACAUCUCUCCGUUCCUAAGAGGGGAGAUUUAAUUCCGUCUAAGGACGGAUUUAGACUUCUUACAUCUGCCCUGGUCAGCCAUCAGGUUUGGUCUGAAGCUCUGGAUAUUGAGAUCUCCCUUGUGUUAGACUUGUGCCCGGCAGGACGGAGUAAAGACCAGGAGAACCUCGUCCCACUCUGUAAACCUGUUAAAGUUAGUGUUCUACCCAGAGCUGUCAGACGUGGAAUCUAAAUGUGAAUAAAUAUCUCUAAAUAUAUUACCUGUCUCAAUUUCUCACUCUUGUAAAUAUUAUGUUUUCAGAA